UGAAAAAGGAGAAAGAAAACCUCCCAGUGAGGAGGUUAGGCUCUGAGUAAUUUACAGUCCGUGUGGGACCUGACUCUUGAUAGAUUUAUUUUUACUUUUAACAGCAAUCAAGAACUGAUUACAGUGGCCUUGCAGUCUUGAGCAGGGCUUUUAAUAAACCAUGGAGCCACAGCCAGGUGACUUGAUAGAAAUCUUCCGUGUUGGCUUUCAGCACUGGGCUGUGUAUGUUGGAGAUGGAUACGUUGUUCACUUGGUGAACCCUGAUGGCUUUUCCAGCUCAUCUGGCUCACAAAGCAUUCAUCCAAGAUGGGUUUGCAGAGCACAAGUAAUGAAACAAAAACUCAAGGAUGUGGUUAAAAGAGAUAAGUGGCACAUAAAUAACAAACUGGACACAACAUACAGACCUCGUCCAAUCCAGCAAAUAGUGAAAGAGGCCCUUUCAUUAGUGGGUGAGAAGGUGCUCUACUGUGUCUUCUUACGGAAUUGUGAGCACUUUGCCACUGAGCUGCGCUAUGGCAAAGCCAUGUCUUGGCAGGUGAUAAAGGUUGCAGUAGGAGUGGCAGCAGUAGCAGCAGGAUCAGAAAUGAUAAUAGCAGGAUCAGCAGUGACAGCUGCAGCAGCCUGCAUUGCUUUCCAUGUCGCACUGUCUGUGUCUAAGAAAGUGGGAAUGACAAAACUUUCAAGACAAUGGGAACUGUAAAUUUACAGUAGUUGGUUGUGUUGUUUUUCUUUUUAAUCAUGUUUUGACUACAAUUUAUCUAAACCUACUGUGAAAGUCCAAUAAAGACUGAACCAGUUAUUCCAUUCC